UGGGCGGUUGCGUGGGGAAGGAUUCCAUUCGUCAUUGAUCUGUUUGUAGCGCGUCGGUGCCACGACGAGAAUGCGGUCGGUGCUUUGCCACUGGGAAACGAAAAACGCCGCGGAACAUCGGAGUGAGCAAGUGCGCGGCUGAAACCAACGCAGUCGCUGAAGUUUCUGUGAUCACGUCAAAAUUUGUCAACGGGCAAAUACGCCGCCUCAAAGUAAAAUACAAACAUGGCCGUCAGAGAAGAGAAAAUAUGCACGCUCGCCGCCGCAUUUCUGGCGUUUCUGGUUGCCGUUUGUCGAGCCAGCGCUCCGAUGGACAUCAAAAUGGACGAGAAGGCCCACAGCAUUCACAGGGUUGAUACGGUGAACAUCCUGGUCUACACUUUUCUACUCAUCCUCACGGUGUGCAUCAUUUGGCUGUUCAAGCGACGCCGUGCCCGGUUUCUCCAUGAAACUGGACUAGCGAUCAUAUUUGGUCUCAUAGUCGGAGCAAUAGUGCGAUAUGCAAGUGAGGAGACUGAAAUGUCACAUCUGCGUGUGGUGCCCGUUCAGGGCAGCAACUACAGCGAUGCCGUCCCGCCAGACAAUGUGUUUGUUAUGUUGGAGGUCGCCAAGAGCGACAUAGGGCACAAGGAGAACAAGACCUAUGCGUACACCUUCCAAGGGGAGGUCACCGAUGUUGAGAGUAAAAAACUGAACCAGAAAGCAACCUUUGAUCCAGAGAUAUUUUUCAACAUUAUCCUACCACCCAUUAUAUUUAAUGCUGGGUACAGCUUGAAGAGGAAAUUCUUCUUCAGGAACUUAGGCACGAUCAUGACCUAUGCCUUUGUAGGAACAACAAUAUCCUGCUUUGUUGUUGGGGUGAUCAUGUAUGCAUUCCUAAUGUUCAUGCCACAUUUGGAGUUCACUUUCAACAACUGUCUCUAUUUUGGUGCCAUCAUCUCUGCUACUGACCCUGUGACAGUAUUAGCCAUUUUCCAUGACCUUCACGUUGACGUGAACCUCUAUGCUCUAGUCUUUGGGGAGAGCAUUUUAAAUGAUGCUGUGGCCAUUGGCUUAGUUUCAGCAAUUUCUAGCUAUGAAGAGAACAAUAACGAAGGAAAGGAGUUUGAAGUGGCUGCAGCAUUCAAGGCAUUUGGGAAUUUUGUCUACAUUUUCCUCUGCUCAUUCAUGAUUGGCUCUGUGACUGGAUGUGUCACAGCACUCAUCACCAAGUUCACAAAACUGUGUGACUUCCCACUGCUAGAGAGCUGCCUCUUCGUACUCAUGUCCUACACUUCUUUCCUCAUUGCUGAAGCACUUGACCUUACAGGUAUUGUGGCUGUAUUGUUUUGUGGAAUCUGUCAGGCCCACUAUACCUACAACAACCUAUCAGUAGAAUCUCGGUUGCGGACAAAACAGCUCUUUGAAUUACUAAAUUUUCUAGCAGAAAAUUUUAUAUUCAGCUACAUUGGUGUCUCCAUGUUCACAUACAAGAAACACAGAUGGGACGCCGGCUUCAUCAUGGUUGCCUUCCUAUCAAUAGCAGCUGGGAGAGCACUGUAUAUCUACCCACUGACGUUCCUGCUGAACCUGGGGAGAACGCACAAGAUCCCUGGCUCUUUUCAGCAUGUGCUUUUCUUUUCAGGUCUGCGUGGUGCAAUGGCAUUUGCACUGGCCAUUCGAAACACUCUCUCUGAACAGAGGCACUUGAUGCUCACAGCCACCUCGCUCAUAGCCAUUGUGACAGUGAUAGUCUGCGGUGGCUUCACUACACAGCUCCUGGCAUGGCUGAGCAUACCGGUGGGAAUCGAAGAGGAGCAUGAAAUGCUUCAGUUCACUGGUAUCAGGCCUGGUUAUCAGGCUACUCAAAACGGGGUGGCUGGCCAGGUGCAAACACCGCCAGAAUUGCAGAGCCCACCACCACAGCCAGAAUCAAGGACUCCCUAUGAAAAGGCUUGGCUAGUGCGCAAGUGGUACAACUUUGAUGUCAAAUUCAUGAAGCCCCUGCUGACGCACAGCCGUCCGACGCUGCUGGACACGCUGCCCCAGUGCUGCCUGCCCUUGGCCCAUGUGCUCACCUCUACGGAGCAGCUGAUGCAGGAGGACAUUCGGCCCCGAGACGACGACUCAGACACAGACCUGUGCCUGGACGAGAGCGACUUUCACUUGCCUGAACGCAACAGCGCCUCCUUUCGGGGAUCCCUGUCCCGGUGUGACUCUAUCGAGGAAGGGGACCUCGGACUCGGAAGCAGCCUGACUGCACUAACGGCAACGAGAGUACGGCUCGUUGGCAUGCAGGGAGAUGCUGUCUGAGUGUGCCGUUUGCUAAGGGUGCUGUUAUGCCUCCUGGAGGCUUUGGUGCAGGGUGCUAGUGCCUAUUGAAGCGUGCAUGUGGUCCUCACAGUUCACAGAAAAAGCAGCUACGGUGAAUGUCGCGUAAAUUCGAGAAUCAUCACCGCACUACUAAGAAAGGCUAGAGGCACUUGCAUCGAGAGGUCGCAUAACUCUACUGUGGUUUUUCUGCACAGAACCGUUUUACUGUUCUGGAGCCACACUGGGCCACAGUCUGGUAAAUACCUGUUUUCUUCGACCUAGUGUUUUGCACACGCAAGUCAGUGUCCGUGCAAAAGCAGUGUUGUUGUCUAUUUGCAAAGUUAAGGCCACAGGGGCUUCAUUUUACUCAGCACUUGUGUUCUACAAGUCGCGCAGUGGGCGUAGCUGUGGGGCUCACCCUCACCAUUGUGCAGUGGCCCUGCUAGGAAAGUCGUUGAAGGAGAUGGCUGAUGACUUAAGCCUCAUUUGUGUGUGCGUGGCUCAGGCACUUUUGCACUCUGCACGUUAGGGUUUGCAGUGUUCACGAUUGUGGUACUAAGCGGUUGUCCCAACGGUGCUUAUUUCUUGGCAGUGGCUGUGCUGCAUGCUUUUUUUCUCUGCUCUGACACCACAGUCGAUUCCAUGGCGAGAUAUGUUUUACAUAAGGCUAGUGGAAAGCAAGCAAACAUAUCAUAAGAAGUUUAAGGUGAAAUGUGUAAAUGCUAAACAUAGAAAAAGAAAGGUAAUAUUGAGUAAGCCUAAUUGGUUACAUGACAUUUAUGAACAAGCAUAUAUGGUAUCUUUUGCUAAAGGAAGAUGCUUGGUGUGCCCAAAAGAGACAUAAAAGUGAAAGACAGUUUGCAACACUACCGGCAGUUUCUCAAAGCAUCUUUCUCAUGCUACAAAUUAUGUGGGUGUUCAUCUGAAAGUAGUUUAUAACAGUGUCAUUAUUAUCCUUUUAAAAUUUAUGCUUCAUUCAGAAACAAAACGAGGCGUAAACUGGAAAUUUUUGUGUUUUUCAUGCUCACACACACCAAGAGAAAAGGACCCAAAUUUAUAAAUAUACCAGGAAAUCUGCAGCCUUGUACAAUGACUUCGUAAAUUGUGUUUUUGGUGCAAAGUUUCAAUAGAAGUUUGGCCAAGAUUUUCUUUGAUAACACUUUUUGUACUGCGCAGUAAAUCUUGAAAAAAGGGUAUUUAUUAAAUUUUGGUAUAGCUUUAAACAAUUACAAGAACUAACAUUUUUAUUUCAUGUAUGCCUCACCUUUUUUAAUUGGUAGGGCGGAUUUUUUUUUUUCGCCAAUAAAUUGGGGUUGUUCUUGAAUUACAACCGAGGUCAUGGAGGAAGCUUAGUUAACAUAGCCUGCUGGACUACCAAACUUGCUGGUUGUCUUGUUAGACUUUUGCGCAAUCUUCAAUGGCUUACACUGUUUCUUCUAGCAAACUGCAUUUGCUCAUCAUGAGCAUACUCAUUUGGAAAGUAAGAUGGUUAGACCUACGUUUAACAUGGAUGUGAGCCCACACAUGGGCAACUAAUUCAUGUUGUCGCCUGGCUGAAACGUUAGCCCUUCCCAACACUAAUUUCUUGCUGAUAGCGUCUUUCACAGGGUUGACGUAACAAGCUUACAGCUGAGCGAGUUGGUAUGAACUUAUUGCUAUGCAAUGCAUGAAAGACAGCACGCUGGACUCAUUUGUUCCCUUUCUUUGUUUGGAUCCUGCCUGUCAUGUUGUUUGUAACUAUAAUGUGCUGAUUGCUGAUUUGGGUUGAGCAUUGCCUUGCCCUUUCUUUUUGUAUAAUUUUGAGAGGGAAAUACUCGUAAAAAUAAGAACAAGACAUAGCUAUCAGUUUAUAUUUGUCGUACUGAGACUACGAAUGUGCUAGCACAGCCCAUCAUUCUCCAUUUUCCACACAGAAUCUGGAUUAAGCCAGUUUAAUGUUUGAACGAAAUUAAAAUUGUUGCUCUUUGUUUCAGACAAGAAAUUGGAUUAAGUUUGGAACAGCAGCCUUUUGGUAUAGCGCAGGUGUAUUGCUGGAAGAAUGGUUAGACAGGAAAAUAAAUUUAUUUGGGGUUCACUGAUACCACUGUGGUUAAAGCAACCAAAUGCGAGCCAUGAUAUGAACCAUGAAAUGCUCCAAGCACGUGAAAAGCAAGAGCAUGUCAACACAGAGCCUACCUUGAAUAAAGAAUAUUGCACUCCCAAACGUGCUGUAUAAGAAAUGAAAAGAUUCACCGUAUCUAAUGUUGAGUUCCUGAUUUCUAUGAUGCUAGAUUGGUUGAGGCCAAACAUUGCCUGGGAUAUAAAAAAAAUUAAAGCAAAAAAUAAUAGGAAAAUAAUAUUUCACAAAGUAUAUUAAAAGUAAUAUCUGCAUUUUUAUAUCUCCAAUAUCACUCGGGAAUGUUUUGAUCGUCACUGAAGUCAAUAUGUAUUAAAUUUUUGAGCACCAUUGAAGCACAAAACAUGACUGAGUAUAAAAGUCAAGCUUUCAUAAAAAAUAACAGCACAGCAUGGCUCUAUCUCCAUUAAUUCAAGCAAGCUUAGGAAUGCCCUUAAACAUGGUCAUAUGAGCUGGCAAUCCAGUUUUUUUCAGCUGACAAAAGAAAGAAAAAUACUAUUCUUUAUGUUGCCAACUUGGUGUGUAUGUUUGUGAUGCAUAAACAAAACCACUUGCAAGGCUCAAGCACAUGCACAGGUUUUGUGCUAAUAACGCAUGAGUGUGCUCAAAAUGUUGUUUCAUGCACACCCUGGUGUCCUCUUCAGUCACUUUAUUUGGGAUGCUUUCUCAUGUUUGUGAUAGCUAGUAGAACAGUAUUAAUUUUUUACAGUUUUUGCAUUACUUCCUUCAAAACCAUAUAAUUCCCUCUUCUGUGCCUUUUUUCUUCUAGACCAGUCAUUUAAAUGGGCUUGUAUAGUGACUGAUAGCGGUGUGGUAAAGGUAGGUUCACAUGAGCCAGUGGAUAUCGCCUAAUUUUAGUCUGUGAGAUGUUGUAAGGUAAAACAAUCUCUCUAAUGUGAUUGGCAUGAUUUGUUUAGCAUAGAGAUUUAGAGUUGGCAACUUUGUUAUUUUAUGCACUAUGUGUACAAGUUUGACAUAAUAGUUCUGCAGAAAUCUGCACUGCACAUACAUAAGGGAAGUAAUCAUGCAAACUUUAGAGUUCAGGAAGAAGAAAACAAUUGACCAUGCAAUUGCCACAACAUAAGCUGCAGGUUCUACAAAAAGGGCAAUAAGCACUAUGAGACAUGUGUAACCAUCAGAGUCCAACAUGUCUUUAAAAUGUCAUAAUGCCUCUAGCACAGAUUACUUUUUGUAAUUGUGUAAGUUAUCUAACCUGUUGAAAUGCAACAUGCCUCAGGUGUUUUUGGCAUAAUCACAAUGUUGCACAUAUGCACACAUUACAGGUCUUAUCACGUAGCAGGAGAUUUAUGUACUGAUGACAUUUAAAGAAACACUUCGUGCUCGCAUCUACGUUCUUUUACUGGAUAGACCAUCAAUUUUUUUAUGCUGCAGAUGUCCUCUUAGUGCAAGAGGCACUUAAUUCGGUCUAUUGUUGGGACACGGAACCCAGGGUGUACUUGAUGGUUUAGCUGAAUUAGCUUUGCGUGGGCCACAAUGGAAGGGUUUCAAAAUAUGGCAAAUUAUCUCGCUUUACAUUUGCCACUUGCAGUUCGACGACAGACGAAAAGCAAAAUAUUAAAAGAAAUGUGUAUGUUGCAUUAUGUACAUUGACUUCACAUUGGAACAGGUGAAGAUUAGGUGAAAGGAAUCGCCAGGAAAAGAAACAAGUGAUGACAGAAAGCAGCCACAGGCAAUAACUCACUACACAAUACUGCACUGGUCUACUUCCAGCUAUUCUGGACCAAAAAAGAAGUAAGAAAGGUUGACACAUUUGAACGGUUACAAUUGACUUGCAAGACGGAGCAAAGACCCAGAGUGGCAUUUAUUGUUACGUAAACAGCAGAAAAUGUAUAAUGAAGCUUGCAGCUCCUGGCUUUUAUAGGCACAGCCAUGUUUGCUGGUGAUAUCAGCUUUGGAUUUAAGAAUUGUGGAAGAGCCUUGCAUUCCAGGCUGUUUGUUGAUGCGUGUUGUUUCUGUACAUUUGAGUUCUAAUGUCAAGCAUUCCUGUCUGAGCCAACCCAGAUUUUGUCAUGUAUCUGAAAAUAGUGCAAUCCAAAGUCAGCCAGUAAAAAGAAAGAAACCACUGUUUAGAUAGUCAUUUUACACGACUUCUGCCCGAAUUAAAUUAAAAUCUUCAUGCCUAGAAAGAAAGUGCAUAGAAGUGCAUUAUUAACCAUGAUAUCAUCGCAUCUCUUGAGAAGUUCCUUUGCAUCAAAGGCUGGGCAAUCCUUGCUCUAGAUCUGAAAUUGCACUUGCAAUACUGUGAAGAGCACUUAUAAUUGCUCGAGUGUGGUCUGCCCUCGGCACCUGGCUGUCCGUGGCCACACACAUGCGCAGCGUGACUGGGUAUGUGCAACUGGAUAUGUGCUCAUACAUACAUAUAUGUAAGGUAUAUAUACAUAGGCAGGCAGACCCAUAGAAUACACGCAUUGCAAGAACAGUAACCAUUCGCUGCAGAACACUUAUAUGAUUCAUAACAACCAAUCUCUGCCCAAAAAAGCUUGGUUUGCAUUAUGUAGAUGUCAAUUGGAGUUACGUGCUUAAUUUUUGAUCAGGUGCAUACAUGAACCCUAGAAGUUUUCCGUAUGGAAAAUGCAGUGGCAAGGGGCUGUUUCUUUGCUCGCCCAAAGCUAGUGGGUCCCCUAUUCCAAAGCUACCUGUCGUGCAUUCCACUUUGAAUACUGACAUAUUAUUCCGAAGCCAGGGACUGCCGUUCUCACUUGAUUGCUUUCGGGGGUACCCUUGCUUUUGCAUGAUGUGGUGCCUGGUGCGAUGCCUCCCUUUAGAGAUUAGUCUUCUGCUUUCUGGCUUAGCCAAUCAUCAUCCGUUGAAAGUGGUGCCCCGAAAAGUAAUUCAUAUAGAGCUCGGGCUUCACUUGAGAGGUGUGUUUUUUUUUUUUCUGGUGUGCGUUUCCUUAUUCGGCACCAUUGUGCCGCUUGUGUUGGUUGCAGGUAUCUGUGUGUGAUUGAGCAUGUGUUUAUAGCAAGAACUUUUAUGACGCUUGUAUUAGUUUUAAAGCAUUGUUUGUACCAGCGUAGGACUCUCUUGUGGCACCGCUGGCAUGAGAUCUCCCUUAGUGUUGUGGCUUUGUGGGUGAUGAUGCGGAGGAUUUUGCAUUGCAAUAGCUUCUAGCCUGUGCCAAGCACUCUCGACACUUUCUGACCUCGGUUGUAAUGUCAGUGCAAGCUGAAUUCUCAUUUAUGGACAUUGCCUUUCAUGGUUGAUGUUUCUUUGCCGAAAAAAAAGAAAGAAAAAAGGCCCGAGGCAUAUUUCUGCCAGUGCCAGUAAAAUGCGGUCUGUAUUCCACAGUGUUGUUUUUCUCACUUCAGCUAUAUCCAACAUUUCAUUUAUUUUAUUGCUUGCUUGCUUGCUUUCUGGACGCAGCAUGCUGACAUCUGUCAAAAGAGCUGUCAUUGGAAGUUUGCUUAUGGGUAUUGCAGGACAAGUGUUUUUAUACAGACCCCGUAUGGGGUGGGGGAAGCAAGCAUGAGAGGCUUUUUUGACACUGCAAUAGAGCACUCACAGUUGGCCUGUUGUCAUUUCUCCAGUCUCAAGUCUAAAUAUCCAUGUAGUCAGUCCAGCAUCUUCUCUUUUAUGUGCUCGGUUGCAACUUAUUUCAUUGUCUGAUUAGCUGUUAAAAUAUAGCUUACCUUUAGGUCUGCCUUGCUGAAGCGACUGGAAACUGUUGUAAAUGCCCCUUCCUUCUCGUGCAGUUUGUGGUUGUCUGCACAGUUCCAUGGUUUUAUUAUGAUCUUUCCCAGUGUUUACCUGUAGGUUGAUAUUAUAUACUCCUGUGUGCUUACUGUGUUUUGUUUUUGUACUCCAGGGCUUUGUCUGGUGCUUAUGGAUAGGAUUGUUUGGUAUACUGAGGUGAUGCGGGGUUGCCCCAGGAACUUCUGUUUUAGUUUAAUUCUAUUUUCAAUGGCAGAAUAGGUGGCCAUGUUUUCUGUGUGCCAUUGUUUUAUGCGCACACUUACGUUUAUAGUUGGUGCUUAUAGCACCUGGGCAUUCAUUAUGUUUAAUAAUUGGAGUGUAAAUUUGUCUGAUUUUUGUAACUCCAGAGCCGUCAUAGCUACAUGGAGCUGCAGAGAGCUUGUAAUGUGUCUAGUCAUCAAUUUAGCCUUUCUUUUCUUCUUUUUUUCUCAAUGGACCAUCUUGGACAUUCAGUCAUUUUUUUGUUAUUGUUGAGUGAUACUUUUACAAUUGGAAAGUGUUUCUCUCUCUCUCUCUUUCCCCAAGUGUAUCUGUCUCUACAUUUGCGCCUCUUUUCUUAUGUAUGCUUUAUUUAGUCAGAAAUGUGCAAUCACAUAAAUGCAAAGUAAUGUUGCUCAAGUGUGUAAUGUGGUGCAUAAUACAGAAUUCAAUGCCAAGGCAUAAAUGUGUGCUGUGUGUGCUAGGCCACGUUCCAACUACAGCUGUAAUUGACACUAACUUUUCGUACCUCGGAGGGGAAUUGGCUUCAACAGACAUGUAAAAUACGAAUGCUGCAAUCAUACAUUCAAUAUGGCAUUAACUGCUUGGCCCACUGAUUGAUGUACGAAUGAGGUGACUCAUUCAUCUCCUUUUUUGAUGUAAAUAGAAGACAGCGACUUGGAUGACUGUUUUCACUGCUUAUGUAGCUUGUUGCAUUCCUUGCCAUAAUGUAUCAGUGUAUGAAAUGCAUUGGCAUUUUCAUUCCCCCUUUUCUUUUUUUUUCUUUUUGGCAUACUAUGUGUGACGUUCAGGAAGUGAAAACAAAUAAAAGUAUUUCUCUGCGUGAAGAA